AUGGGAGGCGUGGCCCUGGACGUGGGGGGCCCGGCGGUGAAGGCCCCUGACGGAGGCUGGGGCUGGGCUGUGCUCCUGGGCUGCUUCGUCAUCACAGGCUUCUCCUACGCUUUCCCCAAAGCCGUCAGCGUCUUCUUCAAAGAACUCAUCCGAGAGUUUGGCGUCGGCUACAGCGACACGGCCUGGAUCUCCUCCAUCCUGCUCGCCAUGCUCUACGGGACAGGUCCCGUGUGCAGUGUCCUGGUGAAUCGUUUUGGUUGUCGUCCGGUGAUGAUGGUGGGAGGAGUCUUGGCGUCUCUGGGGAUGAUCUUGGCGUCUUUUGCCACCAGCAUCAUCCACAUCUACUUGUGCACCGGCGUCCUCACAGGUCUGGGCCUGGCCCUGAACUUCCAGCCCUCCCUCAUCAUGUUGAACCGUUACUUCAGUGAGAAGCGUCCUUUGGCCAACGGUCUGUCUGCGGCGGGCAGCCCCGUGGCCCUGUGCUGCCUGUCUCCUCUGGGGCAGGUGCUGCAGUACCAGUACGGCUGGAGGGGGGGCUUCCUGAUCCUGGGGGGGCUCCUGCUGAACUGCUGUGUGUGUGCGGCCGUCAUGAGGCCCCUGCUGCCGCCUCGGAGCUCACAGAAGGACCAAGAGGCUGCAGCUAAGGAAGAGGACGCAGUGAAGAAGCCCAAAGCCAAACUGUUGGACUUCUCUGUGUUCAAGGACCGAGGCUUCGUCAUCUACACAGUGGCCGCCUCCGUCAUGGUGCUCGGUCUGUUCGUCCCGCCGGUCUUCGUGGUGAGUUAUGCGAAGGAGCUGGGCUACGAGGACACGAAGUCGGCGCUGCUGCUGACCAUCCUGGGCUUCGUCGACAUGUUCGCGAGGCCGACCUGCGGCGUCAUCGCGGGACUCAAGUGGGUUCGUCCUCGCUGCGUUUAUCUGUUCAGCUUCGCCAUGCUCUUCAACGGCGUCACGGACCUGGUGGGGUCUCAGGCCUCGGACUACCCGACCCUGGUGGUCUUCUGUAUCUUCUUCGGCGUGUCCUAUGGGAUGGUGGGAGCGCUGCAGUUCGAGGUUCUCAUGACCAUCGUGGGGACAGAGAAGUUCUCGUCCGCCAUCGGUCUGGUCCUGCUGAUGGAGGCCUUCGCGGUCCUCAUCGGGCCCCCAGGAGCAGGGCGCCUUCUGGACUACACAAAGAAGUACAUGUUCGUGUUCCUGCUGGCGGGCUGCGAGGUCUGUGUGUCCGCCAUCGUCCUCUUCACCUGCAACCUCCUCUUCAUCAGAACCAAAGCAUCAGCAGCACAGGAGCAGGAGGAGGUGCAGGAGGAGGCGCAGAGGAGCCCAGAGACCAUGGCCAUGACCGCAGACUACCAGCAGGGCGACGCUCUGGAGCUGGAGAAGCUGCGACCCGACAGUACGACCGUGGACUCACAGGAAGUGGAGAGGUUCCUCAAAGAACCAGAAAGUAAAGGGGCCUUGUCCCCGAGUCCAGAGACCUGUCUGUAG